UGGAUGUCGCAUUUCCCGAACGUGUUCUUUGGCCUGCCGUCGUAGACGAGGACACGCCCAUGUAUGUCAAGGACAUGGUCAGGUCGAUGCCGCUGAACAGGAUUCUACUGGAGUCAGGGGCGCCGAACUAUGUUCCAAAGAAUUUCAGGGUAAGCAACGCUUAAAGUCAAAGAGAAGAACGUUAUGGUUUGGGGAAUAUUCCCUCCAAGAAAUAUUAAUAGUGGAACAAAAUAGGUUUCGGGAAUAUUCCCUCCAAGAAACAUGAAUAGUGGAACAAUAUAGGUUUGGGGAAUAUUCCCUCCAAGAAAUAUUAAUAGUGGAACAAAAUAGGUUUGGGGAAUAUUCCCUCCAAGAAAAAUGAACAGUGGAACAAUAUAGGUUUGGGGAAUAUUCCCUCCAAGAAACAUGAAUAGUGGAACAAAAUAGGUUUAGCCUUGAAAUGAAAAGACGGGGCAAUUAAAGGGAUGUUUCGGCUAGAUGCCUUCUUCUCAAGACAGAGCAAAACAAGAGUCAAGAAACGAAUAAUAUAUCCUUGACGGCCAUGUAGCGUUAUGUUUAGUACUUUAAUGUAUCUGAUAACUUCUUUUAUAUAUCUGAAGACUUCUUUUAUAUUUCUGAUAACGUCUUAUGUAUACAUAUAUAUAUAUAUAUAUAUUACUUCUUUUAUAUAUCUGACCUAUUUUAUAUAUAUCUGACUUUUUAAAAUAUAUUUCUGACUUCCUCUAUAUAUCUGAUGACGUCUUAUUUUACAUAUCUGAUGUCUACUUUUAUAUAUCAGAUGUCUACUUUUAUAUAUCUGAUGAUGUCUUCUUUUAUAUUUCUGAUGACUUUUUGUAUAUAUCUGGUAUAUAUAUAUAUAAUAAGUAAACUGUGUAUUCUUAACGGUGAAAAACUGAACAAAAGGGAAAAAAAAUUCGUUUCGUAAAUGAAAUCCCGUUCUUUCAUAUAACAAAGAAAAUGUAUCAUGCAUGUAAUGAAUUUGAUUCGUAUUCCAGGGGGCAGUGACCUGCUCACAUUUUGGAUUCGCCCUAUGCGCUGCCCAAGCUGUAGGUGAGCUGAGACGUGAGGCCGUGGACACAGUGCUGGAAACCUGCAGGGAGAACACAGAGAACUUUUAUGGAAUGUAG